CCAGUUCCCGACCUCCCUCUCCCUCUCCUGACCACCACCAAUUCGCUGUCUUCUGCAAGCCGAGGCCUGGCAAUCGCCUCAAACCACCACCUCGCCUCACCCUCCAAGCCGAGGCCGCACCCUCAAACCACCACCUCUCUCGAUCACUAACUCAUCAUUGAUUUGAGGUAAGAGUUGUCCAUUUUCAAGGUAGAUUAUGUCGAAUUUUCGGUAAAUUUUCCUUAGAGGUGGAUCCCGCAGGAUUUACUUGGGGUUUCAGGGUGAAAUUCGGGAUGGGUCCUGACAAUAAAUGCACAAAGGUUAGUGAAUUUAUCACUGCUAACAGAACAUGGAUCGAAAUACAUAUCUUAUUGUGGAACAUUUUGAGCAAACUGAUGUGGAAGUAAUCCUGGCUAUCCCUCUUAGCCAUCGAGUUUCUCAUGACAAAAUGCUUUGAUAUUAUGAUUCGAAAGGGAGGUUCUCUACGAAGUCUGCAUAUCAAUUUGCGAGGUUUCUAGUGCAUGAUAGCCCUUCUGCUUCUUCCAAUGUCGGUAAUGUACCAUUCUAGAAGAAACUAUGGUUUGCAGGUAUGCCAGGUAAGAGUAAAGUUCAUACUUGGCGUGUUUGUUCUUCUAUUCAUCUCUGAGAAAGAAAAUAGUACGUGUUUCUAGUUGAUGGUUGUUUCUUCUACAAUGAUGAAGACGAAUCUAUUGAACAUGUCUGUCGAGAUUGCUUCGUUACUUGAUAAACAUAUUUUCGGUAUUGCGAACAACUUUAUUGUGUGUGGUUCAACCGAUGUCAAUGAUUGAUUGGUUUAGUUCGUGUUUAGAGUUCCUAAGUCAAGAUGAGUUUACUUUGCAUAUGGUCAUUGUCUGGUCAGUUUGGAAGGAACGUAUUUGCGUUUAUGGGAAGGCAAGGUACAUUCAAUUUCUCAGCUAUUCUAUCAUAUUCGUACUUAUGUCCUUCAAUGAGAUCUUGUAGAUUAAAAGAAAACUGGGACGUGUCGCUAGUUCAAACAUGGACUCCUCCACCACAAGGUUGGCUUAAAGAAAAUUUUGAUGGUGGUUUUGAUAGUGUUUUAGGUUGUGGAGGUGUUGGUAUCAUAAUUAGAAAUGCGCAAACUGCGGUAAUAGGUGGUGCUUGUUUUAAACUUGAUCAUGUUAAUUCUCUUGAUAUGGUGGAAGCAAUGGCAGGGAGAGCAGCUUCUGAAUUUGUUGAAGAAUAUCAGCUAAUGCCUGUGGUAUUUGAAUCUAAUUGUUUGAAGUUUGUUAAAGCGACCAAGAGUCAAGAGAUAGAGGACUCGGGUUUUGGUCUGAUAAUUGAGGAUAUUAAACAGGAUCUUCUUGUUCUUAAAUCUUCUUUCUUUUCUCAUGUUUUUAAGGAAUCCAAUUUGGUGGCUCAUAAAGUGGCCAAAUUGGCUCUUCUUAGCAGUGUUUCUUUUCGUUGGGAAGGGUCCUCCCUUCUGGAGCUCCAAGGCCUUUUGGCCUCUUCUUGUAAUCGUUAGUUCCAUUCAAUAAAGUCUAACGUCAUUCUUCUAGAAAAAAAAUAAUAAUAAUAACGUAUCAAAAGCACUUUCACUAUGAUACUAUCAAAAACAUAUAUGAAGACUCGUAAAUUAUAUCCCUUGCAAAACUGGGCCCGGCCCAAAACAUCGCGUUGCGCUUAGAACUACUAAGUUAUUGGACUUGUAAUAGUCUGAGGUAGGGAUGGCAAUGGGUAGGGUAGAGUCACGAGAUCAA